CGAGCGCAUAGCUCUUCCGGUUGUAGCGGCGGACCUGCAGAGAAAACAGCAUUAGGAUGUGCUCGUCGCCAGACACGGAAGGGAUGCAAACGCGAGCAGCAUGGAGAGAGAAGGUGAGACGUCUGUAGUUGUCGCCGUUGUGACUGAGCCUCGGUUUACCCAGCGAUACAGAGACUACCUCGAGAAGCAGAAACUCCUGGAUAGACAGCACCGUGUGCAGAAGCUGCGGGAUGGCAUGGUGGCGCUCCCGGUGCUUGCUGAAACCCUCCCUGAGCGGCACCUGCAGGAGCUGAGGAAUCGCGUGGCCCCGGGCAGCUCCUGCAGGCUGACGCAGCUCCUCGAUCCUCUUCCUUCCAAAAAGGCCCGGGUUUGUUCUCCUGCGCAAAGACUGUGCCUUGAGGUGAGGCGCUGGGUAGAGGACCGCGGAGUGACGUGGUGCGCCGAGCUGGAGGCGGAUUUGCCCCGGUCAUGGCAACGGCAUGGUGACCUAAUGCUGCUUAGUGAAGACUGUUUCCAAGCCGAGCAAUGGCAGAGUCUGGAACCAGAACUCUGGGAUACUGUCGCCUCGGCCCUUGGAGUUCAACGUUUGGCAAAACGAGGGCGGGUGUUGCCUGAUGGUACUCGAACGCCAUCGGUGACUCUGCUGCUGGGUGACCAUGGCUGGGUAGAGCAUAUGGACAAUGGCAUCCGGUAUACAUUUGACGUGACCCAGUGCAUGUUCUCCUUCGGGAACAUCACUGAGAAACUUCGGGUGGCAUCGCUGUCCUGUGCUGGAGAGGUGCUGGUGGAUCUCUACGCGGGGAUCGGGUAUUUCACAUUGCCCUUCCUAGUUCAUGCCGGUGCUGCCUUCGUCCAUGCCUGCGAAUGGAAUCCCCAUGCCGCUGCUGCUCUCAGAAACAAUUUGGAGAUCAACGGCGUGGCAGACCGGUGCCAGAUACACUUUGGAGACAACAGAAAGCUGCGGCUCUCCAACGCUGCAGAUAGGGUGAACCUGGGGCUGAUCCCCAGCUCUGAAGAAGGCUGGCCCGUUGCCUGCCAAGUGCUUCGGAAGGAUGUCGGGGGUGUUAUGCAUAUCCACCAAAAUGUGGAGUCUUUCUCAGGCAGGAAAGCCCAGGCUCUUGGCAGCAGUAACACGGGAAAAGAGCAUGGGCCUCAUCCCCAGAAAAUUAUCACUGAUAAACGGGGAAAUGGAGCUCCUGGGAAUGUCAGGGGGGGAAUGCCGCCAUCAGCCAGCAAACCAGAGUGGCACAGCUGGGCAGAAUCUGCAGCAGCUCAGAUGGCCUCUCUUCUUCAUCAGGUGCAUGGGAGAGUGUGGAGGACACAGGUCCUGCGUGUCCACCCAGUGAAAUCUUACGCCCCCCACGUGGAUCACAUAGUCCUAGAUCUGGAGUGCCGCCCCUGUCCUCUAGUUGCCUAGGAGACGUAGACUGAGUGACACAGCAGAGCCGAGUGAGUGGCCCUUGGUGCUUCAGCUAGGGCCGAGUUCCCACCCUCUUGUUGUCUGGUGGUCAUCUCUUUUUUUUAAUGAUUUGUGGCCUGAAAAUGAACUCUAGAUCCUGUUGACCACACUGAGAAUAUGUUAAAGUGUCAGAGGAAAUCAGGAUGGCCCAUUAAAAAUAGGACUCAUGCCGGGCGGUGGUGGCGCACGCCUUUAAUCCCAGCACUCGGGAGGCAGAGGCAGGCGGAUCUCUGUGAGUUCGAGACCAGCCUGGUCUACAAGAGCUAGUUCCAGGACAGGCUCCA